AUGGCGACUCCUAGAUACUCAAAGCGAGCUGGAUCUCCUCGUAGACCAUUUGACAGCCAACGUUUAGUUAAUGAAAUGAAAUACGUUGGAGAGUAUGGACUUAAGUCUAAACGAGAAUUAAGAGUCUUAGAGAAGAUCUUUCAUGAUAUAAAGAAGCGAGCAAAGGACUUGCUGAUUCACACGGAUGAAGACUACCAGAUUGUGCAAGGCCGAGCCUUAUUACAUCGUCUGGAGAAACAAGGACUGAUUGGCGAAGUUAACUUCCAAUCCAAGAAAGACAUUGUUUCUGAGCUAGAACGGGCCCUUGAUUUGGAGAUCACUAGCUUAUUAGCCCGGCGGUUACAAACUAAAGUAUCUGAGUUAGGUCUAGCUAAGAGUGUUCACGAAGCCCGAGUGCUAAUUAACCAACGGCACAUUAUGGUUAAUGGAGCUAUCGUUAACAAGCCUGGGUACUUAGUGAAUGCAGCUAAUGAGGGACAUAUUGAAAUCUCGCCUUACUCUGCUCUAGCCAAGGAGAGUGGUAAGCUUGGCCGAGUAGCUAAGAAGAACAAGCGAGCAGAAGCUGAAUAA